AUCCACCACAUGUUCACAUCUCCAUAAGACACACACAAACACACACACACACACACACACAUUCACCCCUGCUAUAACCCCACUGCUCACGUCCAGUAAGUCAGAACAUUACAAAAGAGCCUAAGAGGAGUGGAACAAUGGACUUUGAAUCCAGAAUCCUGCUGAUCCUGCUAGUAUAUAUUACAGUUUCAGAAUCAGCUGUACAGCACGUGAAAGUGUCAUGCCGUAAUGAGAUCUGUGCUCUGAAGGAGUCAUCUGUAAACCUGACGUGUUCGUACUCAAAUAUCAACAUCACCACUGGCUUCUGGUUCAGCCUAAAGGACAAAGCUAAAUGGAGGAAGGAGGAACAGCCAGAGGACUUAGCUUUAGACUCAGACUAUGCAGGACGUGUGAGCUACACAGAGAUGACAAACUUCAGCUCGACUCUUACAAUAACAGACCUGAGAGAGAGAGACUCAGGGGAAUAUCGCCUCAUGUUCUUUACGGAUAAAGGAGAGAAAUAUCUGAGCUCAGCUGGAGUUACUCUAACAGUUACAGACCUGCAGGUGACCCGUGACUCCACAGAACAAGCUCUAACCUGCCGCACUUCCUGUCUUCUGACCUCUGCUCUUCACCGGUACUACUGGUACAGGAAUGGACAAUACUUAAAGAAAUACACAGACAACAUGGAAACUUUCCCUUUAAGAAAUGCUGAAGAUGGCAGUUACUCCUGCUCUUUUCAUGGCUAUAACAAUAUUCACUCUCCUCCACUGUGUGUUAACAGGAACUGUUUGAGUGUGACCUACCCAGAGAAAAGAGUGUGUGUUUUGGAAGGGUCUUCAGUAGAAUUUGCUGGCAGUUACUCACAUUCCAGUGAUCAGCGUGUUAGUAAAGCAUUCUGGCAUUCUCAUAAGGACUUCCAGGACCUGAAGCAGGAAACGCAGUUUACUAAUCGAGUCGAAUAUGUGAACAAAAACAGAAGCUGCACUUUGAAAAUGAACCAGCUGACAAAGAAAGACUCGGGAGAAUAUCGCUUUAGAUUCCUUACUAAUGAUGGUGAAAAAUUCUCUGGUAGACCUGGAGUGGUUCUGAGUGUUACAGAUCUGCAGGUAAGAGUGAGUCACUCUGCAGUGGCAUCAGAAGGACAGACUACAGUAACGCUGAGCUGCAUCGCCUCCUGCACUCUGUCUAACAACCCCACUUACAUGUGGUACAAGAACGGACAGCCUGUUACUAACAAACUCACCAAACACAACAAGCUCUACCUGAUCUCCAGUGAAGAUGCAGGCGACUACUCCUGUGCCGUGAGAGGACGUGAGGAUCUCCGGUCUCCUGAACAAACUGUGACACUUUCAGAGGCUGGCCCUUGUCCAGGAUGCGUUCCAGGAGAAGAAGGGAACGGAAUCCUCAUCGCAGUGGGAGUAACAGUCUUCCUGGCUCUAAUAAUCAUCGCAGGAGCUCUGUGGAUGUGGAGGAGAAAGUCCAAAUCAGUUAAAAGCCACAGCUGCACUGAGGGUACGGAUCCCCAGAGUGGACAGGAUGAUGUUCAAUACUCAAGCAUUCACUUCCAGUCCGCUGGUGGCAAAUUUCCUCGGGACACCACAGUGGAAGAGAGCGUCCAAUACGCCGAGGUGAACAUCCGAAGACCCCCUGCUGCCACCUAGUGAAAAAGAUUUCCAUCAUGAUCGCUGUACUGAAGUUUUUAAUGGCUGGACUUUAGUUUGAAGAAUUCUCAAAUCUGGUCAGAAGGUGUGAACUUAUUUUCCAUAACAGCAAUUCGGACUGUGUCCUGUAAGGAGAAUUUUUUUUUUUUUUUUUUUCCUUAACAUUUAUGGAAGGAGUCUCCAGUGUCAGUGAGAAUCAUUCACUGAAUAUGUCAGUAACAUUCAGAGGCAAAGCUGAGGCAAAGUUCAUGUUUUCAGGACAGAUGAUGUUGCAGUUUCUCAGUAGCAUUUUUUAGCAAGCUUCAUUUUUUUUGUCUUAUCUGUUUCAAAAAAAAAAAAAAAGAGGCUGGUGAGGGAAUGGAACUAACUUAUUUCACAGAUUUUCUAUAUCAUAAUUAUAACCGGGUAAAAAGUGUCAUUCUUUAAUGAAUAAAAAUUGUUUGCUGUGAGAUAACUUCUUGUAGUAUAAAAAAUAAGGCACUUUGGGACACGCUGUUAUAGGAAAAGAAUCAACAAUGGUGUUGUAACUUAGCCUCACCGAGUCGCACUUCAUAGAGUCGUUGAUUAUUUUCCUAUAACAGCACACCCCUUUAGGUUUUACUUCUUACACAACAUAAUUUUUUUUAAUAUGCAGUUGAGUGCAUUCACUUGAUAUACUUUGAAAUUGGUUCAUUUGAUAUUUUAUUUCAUGUUUGAUCCUUUUUUUAAAAAUUUUAUUUAUUUAGUAGCCCAAGUAGAUGUAAAGGUUGGAUAUUCAGUCUGUAAUACUGUAUAUGCUCAGAUCAAAUGCGGAUAACGUCGAGCAAAUUCAAGCUGUUUGUAAAUGGGACCUGAAUAAACAGCACCAAAUUCAUACGUGGACCAGCAUUGCAGAAUUCGCCCGGUCUUCCCAGUUGAAAAUUAAAACAAAUAACUAAAGAUUUAAUAGAAUAAUACACUGAAAAAAUGAUACUUUGGACCAACUUUAAAAAAUUACUCUAAUUUGUUACACCCAAAUUUAUUAGAUUUUCUCUAAUUAUAUUUAGGAUUUGGUUCAAACCUUAAAUUCUGAUUUAAUAUUAAUCAAAAAUAUUUCUUUUCCCAAAGACAAAAAUUUACAUUCACACAAAGUAAAAAGAAUAUUUAUUAUAAAGACUAUACAACUUUUUUUUAUUUUUUUUUAUUUUGAAAUAACCUAAUGUUUACUAUUACAUCUAAGUUUAGUUUUUAAUUUUGAAUAAACUAGUUACAAAAAAACUCUAAUUUUGUUACAGGCAAUUUUAUUAACUUUAUUAAAUUUCUUAUUCUGUAGAAACUAUAAUUUCCAAUUAUACCUUAAUCAGUAUAUUUUCUUUAGACACAAGCCAAAAUGUUACUUUUUGUAAUGCAGGUCAGUAUAAUUUUAUUUAUUUUUUUGCUUUUUUACAACUCAGAUUUCACCAUAAACAAAAGUUAAAUUAGCUAUAAUAUGAAAGUAGAAUUUUCACUUAAGAUAAAACUAAGAACAUUUUGUUAGUCAAUGUUUAAUUUAGUUUAUUUAAAUAAAGAAAGUAAAUUGUGGUCUUUUCGAUAUGAAAAGAACCAAGGGAGUGUAUAUAGAUGGAACAGGAUUAAUUAAGCCAUUGAAUGAAAAUAAAUAGAUUUUAUAAAUUAAUAAAUUUGAACAAUAUUAUGAAAUUAUUUUGUUGGAUAUUGGGUUUCAUAAAUGUAUUUGUGAUAUAUAUAUAUAUAGCAAUAUAUAUAGCUAACUCCUGUUGUAUAUGUGCACAUAUGCACAUAUUAAUGUCUACUGUUUUAACAUUAUUAAUCAUUAUUAAUCUAAUCUUUCUAUAUUAUCUCUUUCAUCUCUAAAUUUUACUGUUUCCACUAAAAAUGCAUGUUAUCUUAUUCAUUUAACAGCAAUUAAAAUAUAGAAUCUAAUAGGUAAAAAGUCCCUUUGUUAUGUAUUUUUUAAAUAGAGAUAUUAUUUUAUCAAUGCUGUGGACUAUGGACUGUUUUUUUCCCAGAUCUGUUUGGUUUAUAGUUUGUUUCUAGACCUGGAAUAAAUCAUAUAAUUGCUCUACUGCCAUGCAAUCCUGAAUUCAGGCUUCUGUUGAGAUUUUUCUGGUCUGGAAAUAAGCUCCGGCUUGUGCGAAGGCUUGUCAGUGUUUCCAUUAUAACUGUAAUUUGAA